GGGUGGGGUUGUUCAGGGUAGCUAUGAGACCUGAGGCCAAUACUCAGAAGGUGGACAGAUUGGAAGACCCCUAAAACACAGAACAGAAAGCAGAAAUUAGCUGCAGUGAUUAGUGUUUGCUGUAGGGUGAGAUGUGACCAAUGUUCAAAUGGGAGACUGGAACUCGCUAGGAAAACUACUUGAGAAAGCACAAGAACAUUCCACCGUUGUGGGUAAAGUCUGGUUGACAGUACUAUUCAUUUUCCGAAUUCUUGUCUUAGGAUCAGCAGCAGAAAAAGUUUGGGGAGAUGAGCAGUCCGGCUUUACCUGCGACACCAAACAACCUGGUUGUCAGAACGUGUGCUAUGACAAAACAUUCCCCAUUUCGCACAUUCGCUUUUGGAUACUUCAGAUUAUUUUUGUAUCAACACCAACUCUCAUUUACCUCGGACAUAUUCUACACCUUGUACGAUUAGAAGAAAAGCAGAAACAAAAGGAAAAGUUGCGCCAAAGCAAGGGAAGCCCUCAGAGUGACAAACAGCUACUCAUUGAUCCAAUAAAUCCCUCAAAACAACCCCUCAAAGAUGAAAUGGGAAAAGUGCAUUUGCGAGGAGCACUUCUACGUACAUACAUUUUUAAUGUGCUCUUCAAAACUUUGUUUGAGGUAGGAUUCAUAGUGGCACAGUAUUUUCUGUAUGGAUUUCAGCUGCAGCCACUUUAUACGUGUAGUCGGUGGCCUUGUCCUAACACUGUGAACUGCUACAUUUCGCGUCCUACAGAAAAGACAAUAUUCAUUCUUUUCAUGUUGGCUGUAGCAUGCUUGUCUCUGCUGCUUAACUUGAUUGAGAUUUACUAUCUGGGGUUCACAAAAUGCAGACAGGGCCUAUCUGGCUCACAUUACCAGUCAGUACCCAAACUUCCAACAAAGACCGGAAGUAUUUCUCAUACCCACAUUAUUCCACAUUAUCCCCACUAUUCUCCAUCAGAGAAAGGAUCCAGUUUUAGUCCAUCUCUGCCAUUUCCCCUCUCUUCUAAUAAGAAUACAACAUCUGCAAUAGACAGCAGCCAGGCUGCAAGAAAGCAGAACCAAGAGAACCAGGCUGUUGAACGCAAUGGGAUUCCAGAGAUGAAUGUAGCAUUAGAGAGUGGAAGUGAAUUGGAUCAUAAUGAACAGCAGAGGAUACAAAGCAGAAACAGCAGACAGAGCAGCACCAGGUCAAGGCCUGGAGCGCUUGCAGUGUGAUGGAGUGUAUAGGGGGGAAUGAAAAGAUAAAGGACAGCAAAAAAUGACAGAUCAUGACAUAGUCUGACUUUAAUAAUAUAUGGAACAGUGAGUAAGCAUGCCUGUGUACAAAUUUCUUAAUAUUUAAAUAUUUAAUAAAUAUUUUAGCUGAAGUGACUUU